GUCGAUUUGGAGGAGGGAUCUCCCUCUCUACCCCACGCAUUCCCUGAUUUGGUCGGGCCGGCGGCGCGCGGCGAGGGUUUCGUCCUUCGAUCGGACAUCCAUCGGAUUGGGCGAAAUGUGGGUGGCGGAGCGGAUGCUGGGGGAGCGCCGGAUGCGGGAAAUCAACCGCUUCGCGCGGAACGCCAGGCUCACCGUCGUCUGCCUCUUCCUCACCGUGCUGGUCCUCCGCGGCACCGUCGGCGCCGGCCGCUUCGGCACGCCGCAGCAGGACCUCACCGAGCUCCGCCUCCGCUUCAUCUCCCAACCCCACCCCCAGCAGCAGCGCGCCCUCGCCGAGCACCAUGACGCCCUCUCCAAGUCCACCUCCUUCUCCGCCUCCUCCACCUCCACCGCCAAAGACGACGAGCCGGAGCCGCAGCCGCGGUCGCUGCGGGACCCGCCCUACACCCUCGGCCCGAAGAUCUCCGACUGGGAUUCGCAGCGGGCCGCCUGGAACGCGCGGCACCCGGAGACCCCGCCCUUCCUCAACGACAUCAAACCGCGGGUCAUGCUCGUCACGGGGUCCUCCCCGAAACCCUGCGAGAAUCCCGUCGGGGACCACUACCUGCUCAAGUCCAUCAAGAACAAGAUGGACUACUGCCGCAUCCACGACAUCGAGGUCUUCUACAACAUGGCCCUGCUCGACGCGGAGCUGGCCGGGUUCUGGGCGAAGCUGCCCCUGCUGCGCGCGCUCCUGCUCGCGCACCCGGAGGUGGAGUUCUUCUGGUGGAUGGACUCGGACGCCAUGUUCACCGACAUGGCCUUCGAGCUGCCCUGGGAGCGCUACGGGCCCUACAACUUCGUGCUGCACGGCUGGGACGAGAUGGUCUACGACGACCGCAACUGGAUCGGCCUCAACACCGGCAGCUUCCUCAUCCGCAACUGCCAGUGGUCGCUCGACUACCUCGACACCUGGGCGCCCAUGGGGCCCAAGGGCCCGGUGCGAACCGAGGCCGGCCGCGUGCUCACCAAGCACCUCAAGGACCGACCCGUCUUCGAGGCCGACGACCAGUCCGCCAUGGUCUACAUCCUCGCCACGCAGCGCGAGAAGUGGGGCGACAAGGUGUACCUUGAGAACGGCUACUACCUCCACGGCUACUGGGGCAUCCUCGUCGACAGGUACGAGGAGAUGCUCGAGAACUACCAGCCCGGCCUCGGCGAUCACCGAUGGCCCCUCGUCACCCACUUUGUCGGAUGCAAGCCCUGCUCCAAGUUCGGGGAUUACCCCGUCGAGCGAUGCCUCAAGCAGAUGGACCGCGCGUUCAAUUUCGGGGACAACCAGGUCCUGCACAUGUAUGGGUUCGAGCACAAGUCUCUUGCGAGCAGGAGGGUCAAGAGGAUCAGGAAUGAGACCAGCAACCCGCUCGAGACCAAGGAUGAUUACGGGUUGCUGCACCCGGCGUUCAAGGCUGUCAAGACGACCACUACUUCCUGAUCAUAGUUAUUUUUUACAUUCCACUUUCAUUUUGUUCGUUCGUUCUAGGUCCUCUUGGAUCCUAUAAUUGCUCUUCUUUUUGUAGACUCGCUAAAGGAGUUUGGUUUGGUAUCGCUGAAAGGAUAUCAUCUGUGUUGUACUGUCAGGUUUUAGAGAAUCAUAUUAUGUUAUCAAUGGCGUAAGCAAUGUCGUACACUUCUAGAAAUUCAGCUAGCAUGAAGG